AUUUAUAUUUGCAUUAUUUAUCCUCCAAGGUGGUUAAUGUCAUUGGAUGCAUUCAGCAGAAAAAGCAGAUCAGUCAGCAUUCAGUGAUUCUUUAAUACAAUUCAUUAGUGUUCUUGCUUGUAGAUCUUCGCUGGACCUAACUGCAGAAACCAAUCACAAUGAAGAAUCGCUGAGCGCUUGUUGAUCUGCUUUUCUGCUGAACUCAGCCAUUGUUAAUCACGCUCUGUUUUUCUUCAUCUGUCUCUCCCUCUUGCAAUUGCGUCUGGCGAUGUCGCCGAAUGUGCGAAAAACUUGGCGAUAAUGGCACUUUUCAUGGAAGACUUAUCAGAAAAGAUGAAAACAGAAAUUUUCCAUGAUAAUUGCAUGCUUGGGAAAACCUGAAUGCCCUGUUUGUUACAUAGAAAUUCAUACAGGAGAUCAUGGCUUCAACGAUUAACUUGUUUGGUGAUCCUUGAAGGUUGCGGACGUGCUUUCUGGUAGUCUUAAUUGAUAUAAUAAGAGUCAUUUUCUGUCAAAAAUGACUUUGUCAUAAAUAAUAAAGGACUGCUCUUGAUUAAACUUCUGGCGACUUAGAGGAAUUAUUUGGUUUUGAUUAUUAACUAUGACACAUGCUCAUUGCAGAAGCUUAGCGAGCAGGAACAACGCAACUUUGCACUGCUGCAGAGUCAAAGGAGCAUGAGGAUCCGACGUUCCAUAGAGAGCAUGGAGGAGGAAAAGAUACCGAAACGGAAUUGCUACAACUCGGCCUGCGGCUGGGCGGUUUACGCCCCUGUCACGCGCAACAUCGAGUACUUCAUGAAAAAUGCUUGCACGUGUCCUGACGAGAGCUACAAGUGCGUGCGCACCGGUGAUGACCAAUCCGCAAGUGCGUACGUGUACCGCUGCCGCCAGAACACGACGGCGGACGACAUCGAGUCACCCGAAGACGCCAACUGAGGCAAGGCCGACGUCGUCGUCACGGAACUCGUCGACAUGCCAGCGCGGCCAUAGUAUAAGUAUGUAGCAUGGGCACUUUGUCAAUUUGGGUUGAUUUUGCGGCGAUCUCUGCGCAUCGCCAAAUGUUUGGGAGCGACCCAUUGAUGAGAUAAUUUUAUAUGUAUAGUAAUGUAUUGGGUCGUCCGGAAA